UUAGUGCAUUUUCUCUAACUCUCCUUUUUAGCUCCCUCAUUACUCUUCUAUGCCGUUUCUCUCUCUCACUCACCCAUCUCUUCACAUUACUCCCGUUCUUAUCUUUUUUUUUUUUUUUUUUGUUUAAAUUUAAACAUUUUUGGAGUUUCUAUGGGUUUGGAUCAGUCUUCUCCCCAUGUUUUUUUGUUCCUUGCAGGUUCGAUUUACCCACGAUCUUCUAAUGUAGGUUUAACUGCAUAUGCAGCGUUUGGCCCAUUUAAUUGCAUGUUAGAUCUAUAGGUUUUUUUUCAAUGGAUUUUUGGAUUUAGAUUUUUCGGGUAUGUUUGUAGGUUUUUCAUUGAAGUUUUGGGUUUCAAUUUUCUGACAAUAUGUUAGAUCUGUAGGGUUUUUUCAUUAGAUUUUUUUGGUUCCAAUCUUCUGAGUAUGUUAGCUUUGUAGGGAUUUUGUCAUUGGAUUUUUGGGUUUCAAUUUUCUGUGUAGGUUAGUUCUAUAGGCUUUUUGUGGAAUUUUUGGAUUUCCUGAAUAUGUUAAAGAGAAGAAGGGAGACCCAACCGUGCAGCCCCCGCAGAUCUCUCCUCUCUCAUUUACAUAAACCCACGCUGCUAGCCUUAUUUCGCCACCAGUUGCCAGUUGUCGAUGCUUCAGUCGCUCAUCCAUCGCAUUUCUACCGUCGAUCGUCCAGCCACCGUCGGUCGCCACUACCAGUAGUUCAACACCACCGCCCUUGCCCAUUCAAACUGCUGGAAGAUUCUGUUAGCUUCGCCGGAAUCUUGGAUUUUUGUAAGAUUUUCGUUAUUUUGGUAAGGGGUAAGGAAAGACGAGCAAAUGACAAGAAGAAUCCGUAACCGUACCAUUGGGACUAUUAGAUGCUUCUGCUCAUGUUUUCAUGUUUGAAAUGAUAAUCUUAAUGUUUGAACCUAGAGUUCUAGAAUUUUCACUUUUAAACUCUUUAUGAAAAUUUCCGAGUUUUGUUUUUAUGAUUUUAAGGGUACCCCAAACUAAGAUUUUAUGUUAUUUGAUCGUUUAUUUUGUUUACUUGAUAAAAUGUUUUUUAUUCUUUUUGCUUAAGUUGUAAAAGAGUUUACUUUCAAAUUUAUGCAUGCAUAACGUAAUGGGCGUUAGUAGUCUUAGAGAGUUGGGUCAUUACAUAUACUUACUUCAUUGACCAAAGUUCAUCUCUAAGUAUUUGAAAUGAGGGGGGAAAAAGGCAGAAUCUUACAUCUAAGUAAUGGCCCUGUUACUGAGUUUAUGAGAAGCGGAGAUCCGUUCAUAGUCUCACUGGUGAGGAAACGUGAAAAAAGGUUUUUCAAAGAUCUGAGCUCUAACGUGCGCGCGUUGCUCCCUCUUUCCUUCACCAAUCAUGACCGACUGUGCCAAGCCGCCACACAUCAUCACCACUCCUCCAGGCCCAGCUGGCACUGCUCAUUCCGUCUGUCGCCUUCAGCCGAUUCUCACCGCCGUUCAUCAACUCCUCACGUCUCUGUGUGUCUCCGUUGUCGGUUCGCCUUUUGCAAGCCACUACCACCGCCGUUUACUGCCAAGAACUACCAUAUUUUGUCGAAUCUUGCUUUUGGAAUAAAGAUUUUGAAGAUUUUGGGAUGUUGCUCAUCAAGGAAGAGACCAAUUUCCGGCAGAAAAUUAUUAAAGUUUGGUUGGCCAAUUGACUUGAGUUUUGGAAUUUGUUUUGGACCAAGCCACAACUUUGAUUCACCAGAGGUGAUGAUUUUCUUUAGGAUUUCACCAGAGUUUUGUGUUUCCUUCGGGAUUCACCAAAGAUUUGUGGGUACAUCUCACUUAUGGUAGGGCAGUUCAACUAACAACUUGAUGGUCAACCCGUAGAAAGUAAAGAUUUAUGAGUCCCACUAGAGAUUUGUUGGGUUGAUGUCCUAAAUCUCGUAGGGUUCUGUAGUUUGUAAACACAUGUAUGAACAAACAUUUGUAAUGUAAUAAUAUGAGAUAUUUUCUUCA